CUCUCUGGGCACAAAGAUGUGACUUUGCACCCAUGAGGGAAGGAGGGAGGAGAGAUUUGGAAGAAAGAAAGCUGCACAUGAGUCAGCAGCCAGAAGCUUGACCUUGAUCACGGCCUCUUCCCAACUCUAUACUGGACCAUGAUGACAUGGCAGAAGAUUUUUGCAGAGAAGGCUGCAAGCCUGAAAUUAAUGGAUCCAUGGACAUUUCGGGAGGAUAAUAGCCUGCAGGUGCACAGCCUCAAGCCUGGCUGGACGGAGUUUUUGCAGAACCAUGUGUCUGGGAGGUUUCAGUGCUCCCAGUGCCUGAACAAGUGGUCCUCAGCCAAAGUGCACAUCCUCUUCCACAUGUGCUAUGGGAUAGUGCUGAUGCGAAUCUUCCGUCAAGCCUGCAGGCAGUGCCACGACCCCCAGCUGGAGGAGCCCAUAUUCAGCCUGGAGAACAUAGAGCGGCUGCUGCACAACCUGGUGCUGAAGAUCCUCAAGGACUUCUACAACGUGCCCGUGCAGUCAGACGACCUCCUGGAAGUGGUGGUGGACAGGUGCCACACAUCGGGGGUACACGACAGGACCCACUGCGAGGGCUGCAAGCAUGGUGUCUGCAGCAGGUCCAGGGCAGCCAUGGAGCCCGGUGCUGGGAAGAACAAGGUGGGUGUGAGCAAAGCCCAGAAGACAAAGAUGGAUGUGGACAAGGCUCAAAAGACCAAGAUGGAAGUGGACAGGGCCUGGAAGAUCAAGAUAGAUGUAGAUGAGGCCUGGAAGACCGAGAUGGAUGUGGACAAGGUCUGGAAGACCAAGAUAGAUGUGGACAAGGCUCAGAAGACCAAGAUGGAUGUGGACAAGGCUUGGAAGACCAAGGUGGGUGUGCACAAGGUCUGGAAGCCCAGGGAAGAUAUGGACAAGGCUGUCUUGAUCACGAGGUCCACAGAGCAAGUUGUAGGUGGUGGCUUUCCCUGGAAACGCUGCUGCUGCGUGGGCUUAUCUGUUCUCUGUGUUUUGGGAGUGCUCAUCUUUGCCCUGCUUUAUUCCCUCUUGAAAUAGUAGGAGCUGGCAUUUGUGAAUACCGGGAUGCUGGCUGAGGAUGGUGGUAAUGGAAAGGGUGCAAAAUUGACUGGAUGUGUGCCCUGGGAUGGCGAGGCAUUCUCAGCUCACAGGUGACAGGCACCACCAUCAUGCCUAGGCACCUUGUCUCCAGCCCAGGGGAGCCCAGCAGGCCUGGUGGUUUCUUAUGGGACAUGUUCUGCACAAGGAUGGCCCCCAGCUCCUCAUACAAAGGAUGGAGAGUACCUGCAGGAAUAAAGCAGUUCUUUAUCCUCA